AAAAUAAUCUUAUAAUUCUUUCAUAUAUUAUCUAAUUUUUACUUUCAAAUACGAGUUAGGCAUUCGAAUGUACAGCUUCACAAUUGACACGUGGUUCGGAGAAAGAAAAGCAUUACUCUACAAUAUAUCUUCAGAAUAAUAAAAGCAUAGAAUAUUCAGCAAUGAAUAGUUUACAUAUAUUUAUUCAAAACAUUUAUUUACGGUAUUGUUUCAUGUGCAUAACCACUACUAGAUAUGUGAACCCUUCGCUCUUAGAAAAUUAAUUAAGCAAAGUCACAAAAUCUAUGCCACAUGAAUUUUAUUUCUUUUCCUCAAAGUUAUGGGGCGUGAAAAACGCACUCAGAGCAAAAUUCCAGUCUAACGCACUUGCUUCAGUGCGUAUCUCACCUCCUCUCCACUUUGCUUUCCAAUACUUUUCAAGCAAUAUUUCAAAAACCAAAAAUACUAAACUAAACAACUACACAUUUCUACAUUCUCUCCUUUCCCAAUAUGGCUUUCAACACCAAAUCAAAAAAGCCCAAUAUCUCAUCAUCCCCUUCCAAUUUCAAACUCUGCACCACUCUAUUCUUCGUUGUUCUCUUCACCAUUCCAGCUCUCUUUCUCCUCCACACACACACCACCACCUCCAUCUGCACCACCAGUACUUCUCACCACUCAAACCCCUGGUCCGGCAACCUUCUCAACGCGCAGUUCGCUUGGAAUCGCCUCCCCUUUAACCAACAAAACGCCUCACCUAUCGCCCUCAAAAUCGCCGUCUUCUCCCGCAAAUGGCCCACGGGCACAGCCCCGGGUGGCAUGGAGCGCCAUGCUUACACGCUACACACUGCUCUAUCUCGCCGCGGCCACCAAGUCCACGUCUUCACCUCCCCACCAGAUGGAGGAGACAAUUCCAAGACUCCUACUUCAUCUCCCUUUAUUCAUUGCCACGAGGGUGAGCCGGGUCGAUGGCGAUACAACAAAGCGUGGGAACAGUUCUUGGAAGAAAACAAGCUGAAACCAUUCGACGUUGUCCACUCGGAAAGCGUAGCUCUCCCCCAUUGGCUAGCCCGAAAUCUUGAUAAUCUAGUUGUGUCAUGGCACGGCAUAGCACUAGAGAGCUUGCAAUCUAAUAUCGUCCAAGAUUUAACACGUCACCCCAACGAGCCAAUGUCCCCUGCUUUCAACCGAAGCGUACAAGGGGUCAUCCCAAAGGUACUAAACGAAAUAAGAUUCUUUAAGAGCUAUGCUCACCAUGUUGCUAUAAGCGAUAGCUGUGGUGAAAUGUUAAGAGACAUGUACCAAAUCCCAACUAAAAGAGUCCACGUUAUUCUUAACGGUGUCGAUGAAGAUGAUUUUGUUGUUGAUUCAAAAUCAGGCCAAGAAUUAAGGUCCAAAAUCGGUAUUCCCAAAAAUGCUAGCAUAGUUUUUGGUAUAGCGGGAAGAUUGGUUAAGGACAAAGGUCACCCUCUAUUGUACGAAGCAUUCUCUAGCCUCAUCACAAAACACCCAAAUGCUUACUUAAUUGUGGCUGGUUCAGGACCGUGGCAGAGUAGGUACAAGGACAUAGGGAGUAAUGUGAUAGUUUUGGGGUCAAUGAGUCCUUCUGAACUUGGAGCUUUUUAUAACGCUAUAGAUAUAUUUGUGAACCCAACCCUUAGGCCACAGGGACUUGAUCUUACGUUAAUGGAGGCUAUGAUGAGUGGUAAAGCAGUUAUGGCUUCAAGGUUUCCGAGUAUAAAAGGGAGCAUUGUUGUUGAUGAUGAGUUUGGGUACAUGUUUGCUCCCAAUGUGGAAUCUCUGUUGGAGGCAAUGGAAAUGGUCGUUGAAGAAGGUUCCAUGAGAUUGGCGCAACGAGGGAAGGCGUGCCGGGAAUACGCGGCUUCCAUGUUUACCGCUACCAAAAUGGCCUUAGCUUAUGAAAGGUUGUUUCUUUGCAUUAAAAAUAAUACAUUUUGUUCCUACAAUUAAUUGGUACAGGUCAUAUAUUCAUUUUCAUAUUAUUUUUUAUUUAAACAAAGUAAAAGAAUUAAUUUUUGGUUUGAAGGUCA